CCGAGACCAUCAUCAUAGAGCCGCAGCGUCACGCGGAGCUGGUUCAGGAACAGCUGCUCGCAGUUACACGCUCGCGCCGCGCGGGAUCGCUGUUGUGCACGCUGCAAUCACGUAACGGGGAUUUGACAAGAACGGCACCAUUUCAUCGGCACGGUCUGUUUAUUACUGGAUGUGACUUGAACAACCGAUCGGAGCUCGUGUUUUUUUUGUGGCCGGUUGCACGGCUGAACUCGUCGGUAACGCUGGAAGGAGGCGGCGGCGCGCAGAUAUGCACGCAGCAGGACGGGAUUUACAUCGCUCACGUGAGAUGUGAUGAAAUGAUGAUGAAGAUGAUGAUGGCCCAGGGUGAGAAAGACCCGAAACACACCAGCCAAGUUGUGCUGGUCAAGAGGAUCAUAAUGAAGCACGACAAUCCGGUCCAGCAGGGCAUCGGGAAGCCGAGCGUCUAUCAUGCCGUUGUGGUCAUCUUUCUGGAGUUUUUCGCCUGGGGUCUCCUGACCACACCGAUGCUCAUGGUUUUGCACGAAACGUUCCCCAAACACACGUUCUUAAUAAACGGCCUGAUUCAGGGAGUGAAGGGUCUGCUGUCGUUGUUUAUGAGCGCUCCGUUAAUGGGCGCUCUGUCAGACGUGUGGGGCAGACGAUCGUUUCUAUUGGUUACCGUGUUCUUCACGUGUGCGCCCAUCCCGCUCAUGAGACUCAGUCCAUGGUGGUACUUCGCCAUGAUAUCAGUGUCUGGCGCUUUUUCCGUCACUUUCUCCGUAAUCUUCGCUUACAUCGCAGACGUCACGGAUGUGCGUGAGAGGAGUACGGCGUACGGACUCGUUUCUGCGACGUUCGCAGCGAGUCUGGUCACCAGCCCGGCCAUCGGCGCGUACCUGUCGGCCAGCUACGGAGAUAAUCUGGUGGUGCUGCUGGCGACUCUCAUCGCUCUGGCCGACAUCUGCUUCAUUCUGCUGGCCGUCCCAGAGUCGCUGCCCGACAAGAUGAGGCUCAACACGUGGGGAGCACCCAUCUCCUGGGAGCAGGCCGACCCGUUCGCUUCUUUGCGUAAAGUCGGACAGGACACGACCGUUCUGCUCAUCUGUAUCACAGUGUUUCUGUCCUAUCUGCCCGAGGCGGGCCAGUACUCCAGCUUUUUCCUCUACCUGCGACAGGUCAUUAACUUCUCACCCAAAACGAUCGCCGUGUUCAUCGGCGUGGUGGGAAUCCUCUCCAUCCUGGCGCAGACGCUUUUUCUGACUUUAUUGAUGAGGACCAUCGGGAACAAGAACACGGUUCUCCUGGGUCUGGGUUUCCAGAUUCUCCAGCUGGCCUGGUACGGCUUGGGGUCCGAGCCGUGGAUGAUGUGGGCGGCUGGUGCGGUGGCAGCCAUGUCCAGCAUAACCUUCCCCGCGGUGAGCGCUUUAGUGUCACGCAGCGCCGAUCCAGAUAAACAGGGUCUGGUUCAGGGCAUGAUAACAGGGAUUCGAGGGCUGUGUAACGGUCUGGGUCCGGCACUGUACGGCUUCAUUUUCUUCCUCUUUAAUGUGGAGUUGAGCGGGAUCACCACCAUCCAGCCCGACUACACCAUCCCACUACAGACCUCCGCAGAGAAGACCAUAAUCCCCGGUCCUCCGUUCCUCCUGGGCGCCUGCACAGUCGUGGUGGCGUUUGUAGUCGCUCUUUUCAUCCCGGAUCACCCGACGCCCCCAGCGACGCCCUGCCAAACCCGUAAGAGCAGCGCGAGUCUAGCCGGCGCUCACACCAACACACCGCUGCCGGGGAGCGACGAGGACUUCGAACCGCUGCUGGAAGACAGCAACGUCUGACUCUGAGACUAAAUCACAUUUGGAAAAAAUUAAAAGGGCGUCAACACAUCGCAAACCCCUUCAUCUGCCCGGCGACUAACAUUUGAGAGCGUGCAGUAUUUAUUUAGUGUGUUCUUUUGUUGAUUAUGACGAAACGGUUCUUGGUUUUAACCUCAGAGGCUUUUUUAUUAAGCGUUUUUACAGCGUUUAACAUUCAGUGUUCAAAUGAAUCAACACACUAAGGGCUCGAUCAGUGGGAUCGUAUGCGUUCGGCUUGAUUGCAGAGCUCUUCGUGUGUAUAGAUAUUUGGGAAAAAAGCAGUAAAAAUUAUUGUACUGUAUGCGGAGCUUGUGGUGGCUUGAAGAUUAUGUUACUGUCGUGGGAUUGAAGAAAAACUGGGUGAUUUCAUGAAAUCAUGGUUUAGGUCUUUACAACCUGAAGAAGA